CUAAAAUCUUUUAUGACACAAUUGCGGGACACUUCAACAUUCAAGCCGGAAGCCCUGCACUAGCUCGACAUGUGCCUUCCCACCAAAAAUGGAUGAAAUCAAGUGGGAAGCUAUCCAAUCAGGGAAUUUAGAGAGCCUUGCAGAUGCUCUUCUGUCAAGCUCGACGUCUCGUCGUGUGCGAGCUCUCCAGGUAGUGCGGGAAAAGAAUGGAACCAUUUUGUUCGGAGAAGCGCGAAUUUCUCUAUUAGACGUUCUUUUUCGAACAUAUCCCUUCUACAUUGACCGACUCUCUCGCCAAGCCGUUCAGCAAUGUCUUCGUGCCGUCCUUAACUCAGCGGCUGAUUAUAAGGAUAUAAAAUACUUCACCAGCAGGCUACAAAAAGAAUGUUCAAAGCCCAGCCUUGCUCCAGCAUCUGCAUUCGUUCUUGUCGAGUGGUGCUGUCUCGUGCUGCAACAUCUGAGCAGUGCUGACGUGCCGAUUGCUGUGGUUCUGGACAUACUAUCUGCCAAUGCAAAUGUGCUAGAGCUAUGUUUAGCCGAGACCUCGAAACCGGCCGUACAGCAAUCCGCCUUACGGGUAACACGUCGUGCUUUAAGAGCCGUAUUUUCCUCCCAUACUUUUGGUGAGGAGACCGUACGUCAGUCUAUCUCAAGGCUUACCGUGGGAUCGGCAGCUCAAAGAAAUGCGCCGUUUAUCGGUGUAAUUUGUGGUGUUUGUGCACGUCUUCCAGAGGUCUCCGAUACUUUAGAAGACUCAAAGAAGCAAAUUUUAAACUUCUAUACUAAGGAAGUUGUUGGCUCGCGAACCAUAGUGCCGUCGCACAUUGCAAAUGGACUGUCGGAUUUUUUCUCGUCUUUCGUUACUUAUGAUGACUUAGUCAAUGAGGUUAUCCCGACACUGGAAAAAGCAAUUUUAAGAUCGCCUGAGGUUGUGCUAAACGGGCUUAUUCCACCUCUCAGUUCAUCGCUGCCGGCGAGUAUUGAUCUUUCAGCAGUGAUUAAUUCUCGCCUGGCUAAACCACUAUUAUCCAGUUUAAAAUCAACCAAUGCUGUCAUCCGACAAGGUGCUGCUGAAUCACUUGAGUCCCUCAUCUCUCGGUGCAAGACUGAAGACUCACUUCUUAAAUUGACAAAUGAAAUCAUUGGACCUCUGAAGACCCAGAAAAUAUCGAACGCAGAACAGCGUGCUUUACAUGCUGAUGCCAUAUCCGCGAUUCCUUGUUUCACUGCGAUCUCACAGGAGAUCAUCGGGGGAUUGGUUCCAGUGGCUGUCAAGGAGUCGAGUGAAGUUAGCCUAGCUGCCGAACUCAAGGCUUUGUGUAAACAUCUUGCCCAUGUUGUUUGCUCGAAAGUGUCUCUCAAGGAUGAAUUGGUCACUGCCAUCGCAAAAGCCUUGAUAGACAAGCGUGCGCCAUUUCGAAAAUUAUGGCAGCUUCAAAUUGCUGAAGUAUUCUGGGCAACCGAUGCAGACGCUCUUCUUGACCCCUCAAAUGCGAAGCUGAUCAACCAGGUCUUGACUAAACUCAAAGACUCAUUCAACGAAGUAGUUGCAAAUCCUCUUCCUUCGGCACAGAACGGACUCGUUGCAACCGCAUACGGUUACGUUGCUCUUUGCAGUCUUCUGCGGGGAUCGAAAAGCAUCUCAAAGGCAGAGUGGGAGAGCGUUACUAAACAGUCUAUGUCGCUAGCACCGAAACCAUCUUUUCUACUAAAUACAAAAGUCUACAGCAAACUGACGACCAAAGAAGAAUUUAACUGGUGCACACGAGCGCUCGCUGCGAUUGCAAAAGAUUAUGGGCUGAAUGAAUUUGAUGCAGCAAGCAAAACUGCAUGGGGCCAAGCCUUUAUCUCGAUGGUUGUUAGCCCGGCAGUAUCUUCUAAAGAACGAGAAGAAUCCUGUAAAGCUUUGACGGCUAUAUGCUUAGAAGACCCUAAAAUAAAUGGCGGAGCUAUCAUUGACGCAUUAUGGUCUUGGAUCCUUGGUUUGGCUGUUGCGGACAAGGAAUCUGCCGCGAAUGCUGCAGGUCAAGCUAGCCAAGGUUUGCUUCAUUUUGUUGCAAAGGCCAUAUUCCCAAAUGCACUGCCUGCUGAGUCCUCCCCAACGGAGAUUCGGGCGGCAAUUGAAGAUCAGCUAAUUAGACUACUCAUUCUCUGUCGUGAGGAGCUAAUUCCCAAGUCAUCCUGGAUUGAUAUCUGCUUGAAAACAGGCACAGACCCGGGAAAAUUGGUCUCUGAUCAUGCUGAUGAGUGCGUUAAGCAAUUAAUGCAAGUUUUAGAAGAUCCUGUUCAGUCAAAGAUUCCCCAAGCGAGUAAUGCUGUUGGAAGUGCGGCUGCAGACUUAGUCUUUGUCGCCCCAGAUGUGAUGAUUCCGCGAGUCGCUCAGAUUCUCAAGGAAGACUUAGCAAGCGACCGCAUAUCUAGAUUUACACCGACUGACGCUGCCAUUGCUCGUACCCUAGAGGGAACAACAUUUAUAGACGUGCUGAAUACAAAGUCUUCCUCCGCCCUAUCUGAUAAAAACAUAAAAGAUUAUGAUACGUUAAAAUGGGAAGAGGAGCUACGACAACAACUUGCACAAAAGAAAGGACAGCCCCAAAAGAAGCUCACGGCAGAUGAUCAAGCCAAGGUCAAAGCGCAGCUAGCAAAAGAAGCCAAGAUUCGCGAUGAAGUAGUCUCUGAGGUGAAAAGAAUUGAGAGAGGCUGUGUUAUAGUUCGUGGACUUGCCACUGGACCUCCAACAGAUCCCAGUGGAUGGAUGAGCAUAGCGACUACAGCUCUGCUAUCCCUAGCGCGGCUAAACGCUGGGCUUUUCGUUGGUGACGCCGUGUCAAAUGCUUACAUUUCUUGUGCUGAACGAGUUUCCACUCGUCUUGGUCCACUACGACCUUUUAUCGGCAUUGCUACUCUGCGUGCACUGGGUAACACCAACUUGUCACCUGAGAUGGAAGUUGAGCCCUUGGGAGAUCUUGUAACUAGGAUCCUCUAUAGGCUGCGCUUUUCAUCAGAGCAAUUACCCUUUGAAUCAGCGUCUCUCGCUUAUAUUCUCCCUUUGGCUAUUCUUGUGCUAAGCCGAGAUGGUAUAGAAGAGCAAAAAGGUGAAGAAGGCGGAGAACAGGUUCUUUUGACUUUAGAGUUCUUAUCAUUUCAUUCCUCUUCAUUUGCUGAUAGCAGACUCAAUCGUGGAGAAGUUCUACAACAGCUGAUUACGUCAUUGCAUAAAUAUUCCCAGCAUUACAAGAUUGUCAAGGAUACCUUGUUAGACUUUUGCAGAUGUAUUUCAUCAAAUAUCACACACCAGGAGCUAGAUGUUCUUUUCGAAGGAUCAAUCGCCCCGGAAGUCUCUGUCAGAACUGCUGUUCUACAAGCGAUUGAAGCCGAGAUCGAUUUGACAGAUUUUGACUUCUCUGAACAUAUUUGGCUAUGCUGUCAUGACCAGGUGGAAGAGAAUGCAGAGCUCGCGGAGGCUAUUUGGGAAGAUAAUGCUCUUGAUGUCGACGAGGACUCAUACCUGAAGCUUCUUAAGUACCUUGAAUCAAAGGACGCACAGUUACGAGGCGCCGCCUCCCGGGCUCUUGCCCACGUCGUUGAGUUAAAUCCGUCAAUAUUUGGCGCUGUGCUAUCGGAAUUGCAAUCAAGAUACAUUGAAGAAGUCAAACCCAAGGCUCCUGGGAAGGAUAGAUACGGCAUGCCUUUGAAAGCAGAUACAACCGAUGUCUGGGAGAUUAGAAGCGGUGUAGCUCUGACUUUCAAAGCCAUGACCAACCUUUUUGAAGGGAAUACGAUCGUGUCGUUUAUGAAGUUUUUGAUUGAAAAUGGUCCGUUGGUGGACAAAAAUUCCUAUGUGAGGGAGCAAAUGGCAGACAGCGGAAGAUCAGUCAUUGCAGAGCGUGGGGAACAAAAGGUUGAGGAGCUUAUGACGCUUUUUGAGAAAACACUCGAAUCUUCGGACAAAGCAACUGCUAGUUCAGAUUGGCUGAAUGAGGCAGUCAUUGUGCUCUAUGGUUCAUUAGCCAGACAUCUUAAACCCGGGGAUGUACGGCUGAGUGUGGUUGUUAAUAAAUUGCUUGCUGCUCUUCCGACUCCAUCAGAGAUGGUACAGUCUGCCGUUGCUGAGUGUCUUCCUCCCCUUGUUAGGUUGUCUGGGCCUGAGACUGAAACUUACGUGCGGGAUCUGUUAGACCAGCUAAUUCAAUCCAAGAAGUAUGCAACCCGGCGUGGGGCGGCAUAUGGAAUUGCUGGUAUUAUUCAUGGUAAAGGUAUACUUGCUUUGAGGCAGUACCGUAUCAUGCCGGUCCUCAGAGACGCACUGGACAACAAAAAGGACCCAAACCAACGCCAAGGAGCUCUUUUGGCCUACGAGCUUCUUUCAGCUGUUCUCGGAAGAACAUUCGAGCCUUACGUCAUUCAAAUCGUUCCUCACUUACUCACAAGCUUUGGUGAUCCUAGUGUUGAUGUGCGAGAGGCCUGCCUUGAUGCCGCUAAGGCAUGCUUUGCGAAUCUCAGCUCUUAUGGCGUGAAACAAAUUCUUCCAACCCUUCUAGAAGGGCUAGAUGACCCUCAAUGGCGGAGCAAAAAGGGGGCAUGCGAUCUUCUAGGUGCCAUGGCAUAUCUCGACCCUCAACAAUUAGCCGCUAGUUUACCAGAUAUUAUCCCACCGCUCACAGUCGUAUUGAACGACAGCCAUAAAGAAGUUCGCAAUGCGGCAAAUCGCAGUUUGCAACGCUUCGGUGAGGUUAUUAGCAACCCUGAGGUAAAGGGCCUGGUAGGAAUUCUCCUCAAGGCUUUGAGUGAUCCAACGAAGUACACCGAUGAAGCUUUGGAUUCAUUGAUUAAAGUCUCCUUUGUCCAUUAUCUUGAUGCUCCUUCACUUGCUCUUGUAGUGCGUAUACUUGAGCGAGGGUUAGGCGACCGCUCAGCUACCAAGCGCAAAGCCGCAGAAAUUAUCGGCAGUCUUGCACAUCUCACUGAAAGAAAGGACCUUAUCUCACACUUGCCUAUUCUCGUCUCUGGUCUGCGUCUCGCAAUAGUCGAUCCCGUGCCAACAACUCGAGCCACAGCCUCAAAAGCACUUGGUUCUCUCAUUGAGAAAUUGGGAGAAGAUGCACUUCCGGAUCUCAUUCCGAGUCUCAUGUCCACUCUCAAGUCAGAUACAGGAGCAGGCGACAGACUGGGAUCUGCGCAGGCACUUUCCGAAGUCCUUGCAGGCCUUGGAACAACUCGUUUGGAAGAGACUCUACCUACAAUCUUGCAGAACGUAUCCAGCUCCAAACCAUCCGUCCGAGAAGGCUUCAUGUCUUUGUUUAUUUUCUUGCCUGCUUGCUUUGGAAACAGCUUUGCGUCUUAUCUCAGCAAAAUUAUUCCACCAAUCUUAGCAGGCCUGGCGGACGAUAUCGAAACGAUACGUGAAACAUCUUUGCGAGCUGGCCGGUUAUUAGUUAAAAAUUUCUCCUCGAAAGCUAUUGACCUUCUUCUUCCUGAGCUUGAGCGUGGUCUGGCAGACGAUAGUCACCGCAUCAGGCUGAGCUCAGUGGAACUUGUUGGAGACUUGCUCUUCAACAUUACCGGUAUCACUAACAAGGUGGAUGCUGAAGAACAGGAAGAGGGCGCCACACAAGCUGGCCAGUCUCUACUGGAAAUUCUUGGGGAGGAAAAGCGAAACAAAAUAUUAUCUGCUCUUUACAUAUGUCGCUGCGAUACAUCCGGUCUUGUCAGAAGUGCAGCUGUUACGGUAUGGAAAGCACUUGUUGCUACGCCUAGAACACUCAAAGAAUUGGUUCCUACUCUAACGCAAUUCAUCAUUCGUCGGCUUGGAUCCUCAAACAUGGAGCAAAAAGUCAUCGCAGGAAAUGCCCUGGGAGAUCUUAUCAAGAAAGCCGGAGAAAGCGUCUUAGCUACGUUGUUACCGUCACUCGAAGAUGGUUUAAGGACAUCUACAGAUGUUGAUGCCAAGCAAGGCAUUUGCAUUGCACUCCGUGAAUUGAUAGUAUCAGCAUCUGCCGAGGCUCUUGAGGACUUUGAGAAGAUCCUCAUCUCAAUUGUACGAGUGGCUUUAGUUGAUAACGAUGAGGAUGUGAGGGAAGCUGCGGCCGAAGCAUUUGAUGCCUUGCAGCAGAGCCUAGGCAAAAAGGCAGUUGAUCAAGUUCUACCUUACCUUCUGUCCUUGCUUAGGAACGAGGAUGAAGCUGAACAAGCCCUCUCAGCUUUGCUCACCUUGCUUACCGAAACAACUCGUGCCAAUAUAAUUCUACCUAACCUCAUUCCCACGUUACUCACAGCUCCCAUUAGCACAUUCAACGCUAGAGCACUUGCAUCUUUGGCAGAAGUUGCUAGCUCGGCCAUGACUCGUCGCUUGCCCACGAUGCUCAAUACUCUCAUGGAUGAGAUUAUAUCAACCAAAGAUGAAGAGCACAGGCUUGAAAUUAGUAGCUCCUUUGAUACCAUACUCGUGUCUGUUGACGAAUAUGAUGGCUUGAAUGUUGCUAUGAGCGUGAUGUUGGGUCUCAUGAAACAUGAUGACCACCGCCGCAGGGCCAAUGCUGCCAAUCACCUCGCCAAGUUUUUCUCUGAUGCUGAAAUCGACUAUUCACGGUACCAUCAAGACCUGAUCCGGGUACUUCUCAUAUCGUUCGACGAUAGGGAUGUGAAUGUUGUCAAGGCUGCCUGGGCUGCAUUAAGUAAAUUAACGUCGAACAUGCGUAAAGAAGAGAUGGAAUUAUUGGUAGUCUCUUCCCGCCAAACCUUACGCCAGGUCGGAGUACCAGGAGCCGCUCUUCCAGGCUUCAGUUUGCCCAAGGGUAUCAUGGCAAUUUUCCCCAUAUUUUUACAGGGCUUGCUGAACGGAAACACCGAGCAACGAACACAGUCUGCUCUUGCAAUUGCCGACAUUAUUGAUCGGACAGCUGCAGACUCUCUGAAACCGUUCGUGACCCAAAUAACAGGUCCAUUAAUCCGUGUUGUCUCUGAACGAUCUGUGGAUAUCAAAUCGGCAGUAUUCUUCGCGCUUAAUAAGCUACUUGAGAAGAUCCCUCUUGCUGUUAAACCGUUCCUGCCUCAACUUCAACGGACUUUUGCCCGAGGUUUGGCGGAUACUACAAGCGAUACUUUACGGAAUCGUGCCGCUAAGGGUCUAGGAAUCCUGAUCACUCUAACCCCCCGUGUUGAUCCACUCGUUGCAGAAUUAAUCACCGGUUCGAAAACGGACGAUAAUGGGGUCAAGAACGCUAUGAUGAAGGCGCUCCAUGAAGUCGUGAGCAAGGCCGGCGGCAGUAUGAGUGAGACGUCAAGAAAUGCUGUACUAGGUUUGAUUGACGACGACAGCAGUGAUCGUACAGAUGCGAUGGCUAUCACAAACGCCCAAUUGCUUGGUGCACUGGUGAAGAACCUCACUGCAGCUGCAGCGAUUCCGUUGAUCAGAACUCGGGUUCUUACAACAAACUACACACACGCCUCCAUACUUGGACUCAAUGCUCUGCUUGUUGAGGCACCGGAACUGUUACUCGAGAACUUCGCAACCGAAAUACCGUCUGUGAUUUGUCAAGGACUAUCCCAUACUGAUACCUUUAUUUCCGACAACAGCGUAUUAGCUGCUGGCAAAUAUAUACUUGCUGAAGGUGAUGGCAAGAAUUUCGAAUCGACGAAACCAGUGUUUGUAGCUCUAGCUUCAGUGAUACCACCAGGAAAUCCGGCCGACACACGGCGUUUGGCUCUUGUCGUUAUUCGCACUAUUAGUCGGUUGCACCCCGAGUACACACGGCCACAUUUGGUGCAACUCAUUCCACCAAUCUUUGGGAGUGUUAGAGACACUAUAAUACCUGUGAAAUUAGCUGCGGAGGCUGCUUUCCUUGCUAUCUUCGAUGUGGUAGAAUCUGAAGGGGCAGUCUUUGACAGGUACAUGGCGGGACCCGGUGCAGAGCUACCCCCUGGUCCCAAACGGAGUAUGUCCGACUAUUUCAAACGUGUGGCACUAAGGCUUGCAAGCCAAGCUCGCGAAAGAAGAGAAGCCGAGGGAGGCCAAGGAGGUCUCGGACUUUCCAACGAUGAAGUAGAAGAUGAGAAGGAAUUAUGGAGCAUUGGAAAAGUCGACUUAGGAGAUGACACUUUUGGUGAAGAGUGAUUACUCUCUAUGCUUUUUUGUAAAUCAUAAAAUUCGAAAUAUUUACUCCAGAUGAAAUUUAUCGUAUAUAGAGUAUAUUUUGAUCAAUAUCUAUCUAAUCCUGGGCCAGACAUAUACAUGAUGGCGUCGCCCUGAUUGGUUUGUUGAUUACUAGUCAUAAUUGGAAGCCAGAUCACGUGAUAAGCGUAUCUCAAUCUUCGACCGCUCGUAUUGUUUGUUAUGUCUACAGAUGUAGGUUCCAAAACUAGCAACUUGAUUGAUAAUCUUCAAUUGAGUAUAGCG